UUACAUAUCAUGGUUUAAUUAUAGAACAGGGAUACGUUGAAUUACGUGAAUGGUCUUCGAAACCCCAUGAUCUGAUGACGCAGGCAACCGAUUCCUGUUCUGUGCUAGACGAGCUGGAGGAAGUGCACUCGCCGCUGGAGACACGACACGUUCGGAUUGGUCGCUGCUACGCCGAACAGUCGCUCCAUCAUGCGUACCGUCCAAAUCUCUAUACUCACCAUCUCAGCGCUCCUCUUGUUUGUCGCCUUGAUAUUGUACCUCAGCUUCGGAGCUGGCCGGGACGAAACACAGCUAAAUCUUAACGCAACAUGCAAACAUGAAAAUCUUACUGGGAUUUGUAAAAGUAAAGACGAGUGCGUAACCAAUAUAACAAGUGUCAUAUUGGAAUCUUGCAAUGAAGGUGAUCCCUCACUCGUUUGCUGCCCGCUUGAGAAAGCGCCAAUUCCAAAUAGCCACAAACGAACUCCAGGAGAAAAAGCAAAAGAAAAACCUAACGCAACAUGCAAGCAUGGAAAUCUUACUGGGAUAUGUAAAAGUAAAGACAAAUGCGAAACCAAUCUAACAAGUGUUAUAUUGGAAUCUUGCAAUGAAGGUGAUCCCUCACUUGUUUGCUGCCCGCUUGAGGAAACGCCAAUUCCGAACAGCCACAAACGUACUCCAGGAGAAAAAGCAAAAGAAAUGUGUAUGAUUUAUGGAAAGACAGCUAAUUAUAGACGUGCUCCGUUAUUUCCCCAUAUUAUUGGUCCAAGUUCCGGAGAAGAUUUCAUCUGUGAUCAAGUGAAAAGAGAACCAUUAAGAAUAGGAGGAGAUACUGCCAAAGAGAAAGAGUUUCCUCAUAUGGCUCUGAUCUUUAAUUAUGAUGCAGAAUUGGGUAAAAUAUCUUGGUCUUGUGGUGGCAGUAUAGUGAGUCCAGAGUUCAUUCUUGGUGCAGCCCACUGCCCUGUAUCAAAGCAUUUCAGUUAUGCUAUGGUUGGAACAAAUGCUUUUAAGGACACAGUGGAAUUAUUGGAGAAUAAUACAGUGGAAAUAAGUGAUGUCUUUAUUCAUCCUGAUUUUAAUAAUAACCAUGAUAAUGAUAUAGCACUAUUUAAAUUAUCAACUAAGCUCAAAGCAAGUGAAAUACCGAUAUGCCUUGAUACUGGAAGUUCUAUUUCUAAUAAUAUGAUGGUGAUAGCUACUGGUUUUGGAAUUAAUGAAAGACAAAUAUCAAAGGGUAUUCUUCAAAAAGUUAUUUUGAAUAUUGUUGAUGCAGAAUUGUGCGCUGCAGAAUAUGAACGAUUACUGCAACAUCAAAUGCAUCUUGAACAUACUGUAUGUGCAUAUGCUGAAGAUACGGACACAUGUCAGGGUGAUUCUGGAGGACCACUUCAAAUCUAUCACAGCGAACUUCCAUGCAUGUAUACUCAAAUUGGUAUUAUAUCUUACGGUCCAAACUGCUCUUUGAGAACAAAUCUUCCUGGUGUUUAUACAAAAGUAUCUCCCUACAUAGGAUGGAUCGAAGAUAUUGUUUGGCCUGCAUAAGGAUUAGUUUAACAGAGCAACCAAUAUUUAUAAAGAAUUUAUUUACUUAUGCUGAUUUGUGUAUAUAAGACUAUUUAUGGUUCCUGUAAGACAUAUGUGUUUAAAAUUAGAUUUUGUAGGCAUUAUUUGAUAUUUAUUCUUCUUCCAUAAUAUGUAAUACUAAAAAACAGAAAGUAAAUUGAUAUAGAUUGGUCUCCUUCUUACUUAUAAAAACUAAAUCGAUGUAAUUGAUAUAUAGAGAGAAACACUUUAUUUUCAUAUAAAUAUAAAUAACUUUUUUUACCAUA